AUGAUAGGUUCAAUGGACCCAUCCUGUCUGAGCCUCCAUCCUCCAGCAUAUCUCAUCGAUGGCAUGGCUCUUCUGCAGAGUCUCCAUGAUCCAAGCUUCCAGACCUUCAACGAUCUUGACGUACUGGUUCUGCUUGUGUACUAUGCAAGCAAAGGGAUGUUUGGAUCCUCACAAGUCUUCAUGCAUUCUGGACAUGGCCUAAAGGAAAUAUUUGUCCCAGUUUGUUCAAUUGCUCAGAGUCUUGGAGCAGCUCUUUGUGAGUGUUUACCUGCAUGCCACGCCCUCACGGGUUGCGAUAGUACAAGCAGCUUGUACAGAAUUGGAAAGACCACUGCUUUCACAAGACUGAAGACCCAUCUGACUGACUUAAAGGAAAUGGCCAAGUUUGGACUGUCUGGAAAUCUAGACGAAGCUUUGCCUGUGGCAAGAAAAUAUGCCCUCCUCCUGUAUGGCCAAAAGAAAAAGGAGAAUGGCUGUCCUUGUACCAACCUAGAUGAGCUGAGGUACACACUAGCAUCUACCACAGAUUCUUCAGCAGCAAAUCUACCCCCAACAGAAGACGCCUUUGAGCAACAUGUGUUAAGAGCCUUAUACCAAACAGCAGUUUGGCGUCACAGCCAUCAGGCCAAGCCUCAUCUCUGGAACCCAGUUGGUAGAGGAUGGAGGCUCAGACAGGAUGGGUCCAUUGAACCUAUCAUGUUUCAGAAGGCACCAGCACCUAAAGAAGUUCGAGACAUCACCCACCUCUACUGUAAAGAUGGAAAAUGCAAUGAAACCAGCAAAUGCCAGUGUCUUUCAGAAUAUAAUAUUCGACGCCACUACGAGACUCAUCACAGCGAAAAAUAUGACGGCUUGCAAGGACAACUGAGAAGAGAUAAGAUUAACGAAUUGCCGGCGGGUCUGAGGAAACAGCAGUCAACUUUCAUCCAGAGCCGAGAAGCCUUUAAGUCAUUUAUUGCAUUUUCCGUGGCAAUUGACGAGAGCACUGACAUCACAGACGUGGCCCAACUGGCCAUAUUUAUUCGAGGAGUUGAUGAGACAUUGACUGUUACUGAAGAGUUUCUUGAGUUGGUGCCAAUGAUGGACACCACAACAGCCGAGGACAUUUUUGGCUCUGUCGUUGCUGCAUUGGACAGAGUUGGAGUGGACUGGUCCCGCGCUGUCAGCCUGGCUACAGACGGCGCGCCAUCCAUGGUCGGAAAGAAAGCAGGUGUCGCGACAAAGUUCAAAGACAAAGUACAAGCCCUUAAUGGAGGAGAUCGUUUCUGGACAUUUCACUGUAUUUUGCACCAGGAGGCAUUGUGUUGCAAGUCGCUGAAAAUGGACCACGUCAUGGAGGUGGUUGUUCGCACUGUAAAUUUCAUCCGGUCCAGAGGUCUGAACCAUCGUCAGUUUGACAAACUUCUCAGCGACAGCAACAUUACCCACAGCCUGCCAUACCACACUGAAGUGAGAUGGUUAAGCCGAGGCGCUGUGCUGAGGCAUUUCUUUGAUCUACGAGAGGAAAUCGGACAGUUCAUGGAGAAAAAAGGAAAACCGGUGUUGGAAUUACAAUCUCAGGAAUGGCUACGGGACCUUGCAUUCUUGGUUGAUAUUACUGAACACUUGAACAAUCUGAACAAAAUGUUGCAAGGCCGCAAAAAAGUUGUCACACAGUUUUCUGACAACAUACAUGCAUUUAAGUUGAAGCUGACUUUGUGGGAGAUGCAACUGGCAAAUGGCAACCCUGCUCAUUUCCCCUGUCUGAGAGAUGUGUGUGUGACCAGACCUGAUGCGGACAUGAAACGGUACAAAGACAAAAUUGCAGGACUACUGCGGGAGUUUGAGAAACGUUUUCAGGUAUUUUGUGAACUUGAGACAGAAUUUUCAGUUUUUCGCUCACCUUUCACAGUUAAAGCUUCUGAUCUGCCGGUCGAAAUUCAGCUAGAGAUAAUUGAUUUGCAGUGUGAUGCAGAUUUGAAGGGCAAAUUUGCCUCUGUAGGUCUGGACAGAUUUUAUCAGUAUCUACUACCAGGGUACCCCAAAUUAACAGCCCUGGCUGCUAAAAUUUUGUGCAUGUUUGGGACAACCUACCUUUGUGAACAAAUUUUCUCAGUGAUGAAUAUCAAUAAAACAAAAAUGCGUUCAAGGCUCACAAACAAGCACUUAAAUGACAUUCUGAAAGUGACAGCUAGUCAGGACAUGACACCUGGUGUUGAUGCACUUGUACAGGCCAAAAGAUGCCAAGUUUCAGGAACAAAUACAAGUCCAGACUAGACUAACACCUUUAAAAUGCUGCCUUAGAUACUGUUUGCAUUGAAAGAAUACAGCUCUGUGAAGAUGAAUCCUUACUGUGGUGAUUUAAAAAAUGUGCACUUUAAUGUUAGUCAGCAGCUUCAAAACAAAAGUUGUGUGAUGGAAUUCUACUGUUCAUACAACUCCAUAAAUUUUCAGUAUGUAUUGUAUGUGUAUGUAUGUUUCAUGUAUGAAGUUUACAGAUUUACAGGACAGGCGAACACUUUCUUCAUUACACAUUUAAAAUCACUCUCCUUAGUUUGUAAGGUGUACGCAGGGAUUACAUUUAGAUUUUAUAUGCGUAUGUGUAAGUGGUUUAAAAAUUCCUUUCUUUAAAAGUCUCAUUUAAUCUUAAAGUGCAUUACUAUAUUUUUCAGUACCAAUUAAAGUUUUGUGCCUUUGUACAAUCAGUGGGAUCAGUUGCAAUGCAUAUUUGUGAAUGAUAAAAGUAAAUUGCACAUUUGUCUAAGGAAAUAUGAGGUGU